AUGUUCUUACUUGAUCCACUAGUAUAUUCAGUACGAAUAGAUUGUGAUUUUAUUGCGUCCAAACUUAAUAGUGGGAGUGUGGUUUCAUCACAACUUCUUCUCGAAAAGCAACUUACUUUUAUGGUUAUUGCCUGCCUUGCCGAUGCGGCUUUGGAGAGUAAGCAGGCGAAAAGUGACAAAGCUGCUUCGGACCUAAUGUGCAAUAUCGCCAUCGCCGACAUUACCAAAGUCAGCGUUGAUGAUUUUGUGAAACAAAUCACCCUUAUUGAUAUGUCCUAUUUCGCUGCAAUUAAACGGUCUGAGUUCCUCAGUCUCAAAUGGAACGGCAGGGACAAGAAAAUUUACGCACCGAACAUCGUCGAGUCUACAAAGUGGUUCAAUCAACUCAAUUUUUGGGUUCAGAAGGAAAUUCUAAAAUAUCCUGCUGUAAACAAACGUACUGAAAUGCUUUCUUAUUUCAUAAAGUUAGCCAAGAUGGAUAGUUUACUUCAAGUAAAUGGAUCUACGUAUUUGUGUGUUUUUGUAGUUAAUCAAAUUGUUUUACAUCGCCAAGUGCAUUCUUGUGCCACUGGCUUUAAAGAAAGUAGUGAUACUUCUUUCAAAUUCAUCUCAAAUUUUUUUUCUGCCUGUUUUUAUUGGCCUGCUUAG